CUUUAUAUUCAAGUCUUCUUUAGAAUAAGAAAAUUUCUUUUAUCAAGAAAACAUCAAACCACUGGAUAAAUCGAUCCCAUAAAAAUACUUUCACUACAGUUUUGACCCUUUCAUCUCAACUAAAUGAAUUGAGAACAAAAAGAAACGCAAGGAAAAAAAGACAUUCUCCCCGUCGUACACUCACCUUGCACAACAGUUUGAAUGUCAAGUGCCUUCAGUCCAGAAACCGUUGUAGAGCAUUGAGGAAGUUGCGUUUAAUGAUUUGAUUUUGUUUCGAAAUGUUCUGUAGAAUUGGAUUUACUGUACUAGCGCUACUAUUUGCGGGUGGUUACAGUGAAUUUCUGGAGGAUGAACUAUGGCUGGAUCAAAGAUAUCUAAAUCCACAUCCGGAACCGACUGAGAAUUACUACAACCAUCAUCAUCACCACCAUACACACACCGUUACAACGUGCACUUCUGUGAUUCCAGUUUUCAAAAAGAUCCCGACAAAUGUAAUCACAUUGCCAGCGAUAACGAAUGUUCAAGUUCGAACGGAUUUCUUCGUUAUAUCGACUCAGUGGAAUACCGUUGAAAUGGUGCUGACGUUGCCCCAGCAGACCAAUUCACUCUUGAUACAGGACACUCAGUUUAUUACCCGAACGAAGCCCGUUUUGACGGGAACUGUAAUCGAACGGGUCACCACCACAGAAAUAGUAACGGCACCUAUUCCAACGUACGUUAGCGUUUCCUUAUUAACUGAGUUUGUAACGACUACGGGGACCACAAUUGAAACUGUCGAGGGUCCAACACCCGUAACAACUACCACAAUCACUACCACCAGCAUCACCGAGCUGUGCCUGACCAUUUCUUCCACGAGGAUCCCAACGGACACUCUAACGCUAAACCCAACGACAGUUUUUGAAACCACGAGCUCCCCUUCAACGGCCACCCUAUGGAGUACAGACACUUCCUUCACAACGCUUGUUCCAGUCACAGCAAUCACAUCAAUCACGGGACCACCCUUUUCAACCACGCUGGUUCCGGUCACCAACACCGUUUCGACCACAAUCACCACAACUUCAACCGUCCAAGAGAUAGCACCAACUCCCACGUUUGUCCUUCAAACCACCGAAAUAAGUGUUAUUUCCGUUACUUCAACAAUCCGUAAAACAGUGGCAUCCAUCUCCACGCUGUCGAUUACAGCAACCGUUACGAACACGGUGACGGCAACACGAACUGUGUCCUGCACCGGUGCUGGAACUACCAACUGUAAUCCGGUGGUACUACGAACUGCCACCGUUUGGGAACCUGUGACCAUCACCACUGAACCUUUGUUAGUAAUUCGGCCGACUAGAACCAGCACACAGGAUUUUAAGCUGUCCACCAAGUACAUUUCACCCUCGGAGCAGAAGUUGCUGGAAGGAUUGUUUUAGAAAGGGUUUUUUUGCGCAAAUAAA